CCCACUGUGACUCAUAAAGGGAUAAAUAAAAUUUUAACAAGGCUCUCGCAAUUUUUUUUCCAUUAUUGAAAAUAUAAACUUUCGAAAAUUUACAAAGUUUAGAAGUAAAUAAUUCCGGUAAUAAAUCAAAAAAUAGAAUUUACGUCUGGUCCAGCACCAAAUUACAGUUUGUUCCGCCUCCAGAAAAACACGCAUGCGCAGAGGACUUGUAAACAAUACAGCAUGGCGUCUAGAGCGGGUAAGCGUCCUGUGGGAAGACCGCGAAUUCUUACCGACUCGGCCAAAAAGAGAGCGAAAAGUGAAAGAAAUAAAUCAUAUUUGUAUAAGACUAAGAUUUAUCUCGGAGAUCAAUACGAAAGAUGGCAAGCAAAGAAGGAAGAACUCGGAGAAACGCACGCAGGACUGGCGAAGAUUCUACUUGACAGACUUGUAACGGACAGUGAAACAGAGGAUGCAGACUCAGCUGACCAGUCACUUACAUUGCAGAAAAAAAUAUCAACGCCUAUAUUAAAGAAAAAGCUACAUCUCCUCCCCCCAGAUGUAUCAGAAAUUUCAUCAGCUCUAAGCGAGAGUACUGAUACAGAGAAGCAACAAGAAGUGGCAAAAUCUUCUGCUCCACCAGUAACCAGUCAACAGGAAUCUCCUGGCCCAAGUCACAAGAAAAGAAAACUCUUUGAUGAUAAAGAAGUUUCAUUCAUCAAUCCAUUUGAUGUAACAAUAGAUGUAACAGAAGAAAGCAGCAGUGACAUAAAUUCUGACGAAGAGUAUGAGCCAAGCUUUAAUGUGACUUUAAGACCAAACAACAUGUUUGGUUUGGAGGAAGUAAGUUUAGAGGUGCAGGAGUUUGGAGUGGAGGAAGUAGAAGGAGAUGAAGAAGGGGGUCUUCAGGAGACAAUUGAGGAGACAGGGUCUGGUGUCACAAAGAUUAAGAAUGUCGAAGAGAUGCCCAUAUUAACAAGAGACGAGACAUGCCUUGUGUAUAAGAGGUGCUUGUUAAAGUUGGCCAAUACACACAUCGACUACAAAUGCAAAGUGAAGGGUUGCAAUUCUCCUAUCUCACUGCGCACAGGGAAUAUAGGCUCAGCUCUGUAUAUUUUCUGGGAAUGCACCCAGAAACACUUGGCACACAAGUGGUGUUCUCAGCCAUUGCUGAAUAGAAGACUGCAUGGAGGGGACUUGCAGAUCGCUUCUGCAAUUCUGACCUCUGGAAACAAUUAUGCAAAAGUUAAACUUUUUGCAGAUUUCUUGAAGCUUUACUUCCCUAGUAUUUCAAAGUUCUCAGCUAUCCAGAGAACAUACUUGAUACCAACCAUCAAUACAUUCUGGAGAGAAGAACAACUGGGCACAGUAGAGAGUUUGCAGGGACAAGAAAUUAUUGCUCUUGGUGAUGGAAGGAAUGAUAGUCCAGGGCAUAGUGCACAGUACUGCACAUAUUCCAUAAUGGAUAACAGCUCCAAGAAAAUAAUUUCCAUCAUCACCAUGGAUAAAAGAGAGACGGGGAAGAAGAGCACUAAUAUGGAAAAGGGGUGCUUUUUAAAAGCUAUGGAAGACCUAAGAGAUAAUGGUGUUGUUGUAGCUGAGGUUGUUACCGAUGCACAUUUGCAAAUUGGAGCAGUUAUGAAGAACAGAUUCCCAGAAAUAAAGCACUCGCAUGACAUAUGGCAUGCUGCCAAAAACCUAGGCAAGAAGGUAGUUGCUGCUGGACAGAGUAAGGAAUGCCGACCUCUCCUAGAGUGGAGUCGUGACAUUAUCAACCACUUUUGGCAUGCUUGUUCUUUGGCAACUGAUGUUGAUAGCUUUAUGGUAUGUUUCUUUUACAUUGCAACUAAUUGGGGUGGUCCCCCGGAUGAGACUGCAAAAACUGAGGCCCCCUCAAAGGCUGUAUAUGCUGACAGAGGCCUAAAUUUUGCAACUCAUCGCAGAAGUACAGCAGAAUUGGAGACGUUCAACAAUCUUAUUUUAAUGUAUUGUGGCAAAAGGUUUGCUUUUUCCCCACCUGUUUACAGGGCUAGAAGCCAGUUGGCUGCAUUAGAUUACAACAACAAUGUGGACAGGAUGGUGAAAAGAAACUUGGAUGGGACAGUGCAGCAACACAGAACAUUCAACAAAAAAAGUGGCCGCUGGAGUGUAACACCAGUAAAAGUUGAAAAGAGCUACAGACACGUGGACAUCAUAAUGGAAAGAGUGGUGGCUGCCCGUCUGAAUGACCAGGAAGGCAUGAGUCAGUCUGUAGUGUUUGACAUUGAUGACCCACGCCGCUUGAGCAGGACCAUUGCCCCAAUUGAUCCAAAGCCAACGACGGAGUUGCUCGAGGAGAAAGUGUCACGGUUUCAAGCAACAGACUAAUCGUGAACAUUUGCAAAUGUAGCUUUGUUAAUAUUUGUAUAAUUUAGUAUAGUGUGUAAACACGGUCACCUAUGCAUACUUGAUUUUGUUAAACAACCCAGAAGACUGAUGUACUGGACUACUGGUGCUUAAAAUUGAAAUUUCUGAUAUGAUAUCCAUGACAAUGUGCUUAUAGGAAAACUGAUUUGAAAUAAUGCUAACAAAAGUUUUAGGAAAAUUGUUUGUGUAGUUGAAUUUUGAUAUUUCUAACAUCGAUAUCUUAAAUACUAUGGAUAUAUCCAAGGGAGUUAGAAGGACAAAUUACUUCUUUAUGUAUAACAUCAAUGUCUUGCAUCCUCGGAAAUCUUUUUCUCUUGGCCCCAUCAAGUUAGAAAUUUGACAACAUUUAUCAAAUGUCUUUGUUUUUACAAAGACAUCAUGCCAUACGUCAUAUCAUAGUCUCAAUCAGUCCAUUAGAAUUCAGGUGUUAUCUUGGUUAUCAAAUAGUCUACAAUUUUUAGCAUUAUCGUGUACAUAUCAUUUUAGUGUAUGUUUUUCCCCCCAGAUAUUGUCAUGUUUAUUAGCUAGUCUAUGAUUUUCAUGUAUUCUCUUAGUGUGUAAUUUCUGGAAUUACCAUGUUUGUCAGACAGUCAGUCCAUUACUGGAUGAAUUCAAAUAUCCUUAUGAUCUCAAAUUCAAUACUAUUUUCAUAUGAUACGCAUAUAACUACGGCUGUGGUACUAAGAGGUUGGACUUCAAUCAUGCACUUUUCAGCAAAAUGAACCACAAGUAUCAGUAUAUUGCAGCUUGUCACAAUUGAUCACCAUGAAGAGAGGAAGUUGCCUAUUUGUCAAGAUCUUAGUCUCAGUUAAUAGGAAAACAGGCAGAAUACAGACCGAGCUAUUGGGGCUAAGACCAUUAAACUUGGUACACAUACUCUUCAUGCCAAGUGAAGGUCAAAGGUCAUACCAUUAAAUAGCAAGAAAACUUUGUAGGCAGGAUGCAGACAGAUCUAUUGGGUGUAGGACAGUCAAACUUGUUACACGUACACCUUACAUAGGAUGCCUAUUGUUUCUCUAGGUCUCCGUCAUAGUAUAAACCAUGUUGUUAUUGCCCUGAAAUUUAGUCAUAUGCUUCCUCUUGGGGGGAUAAGUUCAGUUGGAUUGGUGCACCAUAACCUACAUUAGGGAUAAAAGUGGGUCAAACAGUUUUCCAGACUUUUUAUCCAUUCAGAGUAAAUUAUGUAAUUGCAGUUCCAACGGCCAUGUAGAAUUGUGCACAGGUAUUAGCAAGAUUGUGUAUUUACAUUUUAUAGGAUUUUGUAUUAAAUCAUGACUUUGGAACACACACAAACUUUUCGUUAUAUGAAAUGAAAAACUAAUGUUGGUAUACAACUAUAUUUUUAGUCAACAUAAAACAUUGUAGGUCAGCAAUGUAUAUGAAAAUGCCUUGGCUGAAGGCAAUUCAAUCCUUUAAUGAAUUGAGGCAUCCUGAUGCUCUUGAAAUUUUAGGAGCAAUUCUGGUUUGUUAAAUGUUGGCUACAUUAUGUAUAACAUGGUAGACGCAAAUCAUUUUUGCCAACUUUACUUAAUAUUGACCUCAAGUUUUAGAGACUUUAAUUGACAUCUUGAAAAAGUCUGAAAGAUUGUCCAUCAAAAUGUGUUCAGCAAGCAUUGCAGAAGAUUUCUGAGUCUGGUUAAAAAUUCAUGUCUUGAACUUGACAUGUUCCAAGUUGUCGUGCAAGAUUUCAAAUUACGGUAUAACGUGACAAUCUGUUCAAAUGGAGAAUGUAAAUAUAUUUUCUCCAUAUGUUGCUCAAAAACAAAGAUAUAUACAAGACUAAAUUUUGGUUAAUUUGGAUUACACAGGUUCUGGAUAACAAUGACAUACAUUUAUUACAAUUGUACUGUAAUUCGAGAUCUUGGCAUUUUACAAUGUAUUGGUCAAGAUAUGUUUCCCCUCUAUUUGAUGAAGUUUACAAACAACUUGAUGCAUAUCAUUUUGUGUUGAUACUCAAUAUCCAGAAAGUUUAAUCAGGUUUUGGUACAAGUAAUAAAUAAUUUAUAUUU